GCCAGUGCUCUAUGCUAACUUCCGAAGAAACAUCGACUGGUUAAACAUGGAGUUAACAGUUAAUCAAUGCGCACAAGUGGCCAGUGAUAUCGGCUACGAAUACUUUGGCGUCCUGUUUUUCGGCGAGUGCCGCAGUGGCUGGAAUGCUAAGGAAAGUUAUGCCAAAUAUGGAAACAUUACUGAGGGAUGCUGGAAGUUUGAUAAUCAAACUGGAUUUGCAGUUGGGAAAAAGGGGACAAAUUUUGUUUAUCGGAUUCUGAACUAGCUGGUAAUAUUUGUAAAACAAUAUUAUAACCGCAACAGUGUUAUAGAUUUGUAAUUUAAACUUUUUUAUUCAUUUAUCUAUUUCUUUAUGUUUUGUAAGUAUAGGUAAUAGCAUGAUCGGAUUUUAUUUGCAGGUUUGGACUGUAAUUCCCACCCGUGACAUUCCAAACAUAUUUUUGGCCCUUUUCUUUAAAUUAAAAAAAGGAACAAUAGUCUUAUUGUUUCUUCACAGCGAUAAACAUUACUUAGGACAUAUAAGUGAGUUCUACAAAAAGGACCCUUAAUUACUUCAGUUUGACCGCAAAGACCUGUUAAGUAUUGAGGGAACUUAUAUGUGCAAUAUGUUCCAGGAGAGUGUCCUGGUAGCUAUGACAUAUGGUUGACAAAAAUACCCUCCUUUAAAGCUUUAUAGCCCUGGAUCAAACGAUUGCGAGCUACUGGGGCGAGGCAAAGUCCCUAAUGCUGAAAGAAAAGCUUAUUUCCGAGUUCUAAUAACUCUCAUUUUCAAAACGAGGCUAUCAACGGCUUCGCACUUACCCUCGCUUUGAAACAGAGGCUUAGUGCAAGCUGGAAAUAAUCUAUGGAGCACUCAGUCGUUGAAUUGAAACUCGUACUUGUCUCCGAGGCUCCGUGGGAGAAUAAAACAAAUGAAAUAAAAAUCGUUUGGCUAGUUCCGGGGAUGAAUAAUACAUUUCUUCUGUGUUUACUACUCCACGAGCCCUUUAGCCAACUAUGAAUUUUAUACUUAUCGAAAAUGCUUUACUUCAGCACGACUGAGUUAAAUUGUUUUGAUCAGCAUGUCCUGAAAACUGGCUAAUAUAACACGGCAGCAGAUUUCUAUACCAAUCUAUCAACAUUAGUUUCUGAUGCAGCAUUUAUAAAGAUACAGCUGUUAAAGAAUUCCUGAACUUAUUACCUGCCGUUAAUCGUUACCUAGCUAUAGGAGUCUUGUCGAGAAUACUGACAAAUUCCAUUGACGUCCACUCUUUGUUUGCUCUUGAAUUCUUCGUUAAAAGCUUUAUUCUUAGACGGUAUAUGGAUGGUAUGUAACUUUUCUUUUUACUUGAUUUUGUGUAGAAUUAAAUUCCUUUUUCUUUGAAUAUAACAUUUUAAAAUUUCUUCCCAUUGUUUUAAGCGGGUGACAGUUUUCAAUAAAUGGAAUAGCAGGUCAUAAUAUUGGAACAGGGAGUCAUUUAUGUUUUAUAAAUAACCUGCUGUUCCACACUUUGAUGACUACAAUAAUACGCUGCUGGUUCUAAAACAAUGACAAGACGCAGGGAUAAAGCCCUGGCUACUCUACCAGCGUAAAAACGAUGACCGAGCGCGUAAGACCUUGCAGAUCAGGAAUUGAUAAUGCUUUUCAAGUCUUUCAAACUGACUUAACAAGAAAGCUUCGAGCAAUAAUGACGCACGUACUGUUUAACUCGUAUCUUAAGUAUCUUAUCGACUUGAAAAGCAUUAUCAAUUCCUGAUCUUGCAGAUCAGGAAUUGAUAAUGCUUUUCAAGUCUUUCAAACUGACUUAACAAGAAAGCUUCGAGCAAUAAUGACGCACGUACUGUUUAACUCGUAUCUUAAAUUUCAAAGAACACCCAUUCAUUUAAUUGACGCAGAAACUGAUGUGGAAAUGAAUAGACGAAUGAAAAUAUAAUAGGCAAAUCAGUAGCAAAUUUUCUUAACUCUGUUGAUACUUUAAAGAAUCCGGUUGAAUAUUCCAGGAAAACGUCAAAGAAAGCUCUGCUCAUUACUCAUUCGUGCCGCUCAAUGUACUUUACAUAAUAAUUCUUCACUAGAACUCGGUAUAUAACAUGAUUGAAAUGGAUCAAACAUACAAAAUGUUCUCAGCCUUCCCUUUUUUUGCAGGUUAGAUAAAAGAUUUGCCGAUACAUGUAUUUACCUUUUCUGCCAUUAAUCGUAACGGAAUUUUAAACCCUAAAAAAUUGUGAUUGCCAUCAUUGUAAAACUGUUUAUCAUUGACUUAAAAGCACCAUUAGUGCCAAAGAAGGUUUUGUUGAAUAAUUUAUGUAUAAUCUAUUAGCAUCGGGUAAAGUCGGUUGAACUAUUUCAGUUUUCAUUCUUGUUCCGCAUUUAAAUUACAGCACAGCCCUCUGGGCUGCUUCAUUAUCAUACUCAGGAAUACUCUCGUCUCUCAAGGAACAACAGAGUUUAUCCAUGUCUAUGUUCGGGUUCUUCAGAUUGGUACUUGGAUUCUUCAUAACCGGCCUUUGCUGCAGAGUUGUUUUUGCAGGUAACCAAUCUUAAAAUGUUGGUCUACGUCACAUUUCGAAAGUUUGCACUUCUAAACACGAAAGUUUUUGACAUGCAGGGACUUUUGGUUUAAAGUACGCCCCCUUUCGUUUCUUCAAUUCUUAUUGGUUUAACGGUUUUCUAUAUAAAUUUUGUGUAGCUGUCCAUUGAUUAAUUUCGCAAUUUUUCUUAAUUAUAAAGGAAGCUUUCCAUAAAUAGCUACAAAGACUGCAUCAAGCCCCCGCCCUUGUACCACUGUGGGAGUGUGACUUUGCAUGUACGUCCGAGGGGUGAUAGGCUAUGUCACAUGAAAUAAGAGCUCCCUUCUUUUCAGCUGCCUGAAGUUUUGCCAAAAUGUUUAAUUUUAACUGAAGUCUAUUGAUUUCAGUUUAAGGUGACUCGACCCAGUUUUUUUGGGGGGGUACCAUCCUACUUUGAAGCUCUCUGGUAUCCCCACCUUUACUUUUAUCGUAAGUCUAACACAUAGAAUGGAUAACAUAUAGAUCAAUGUACAAUAUAACAUAAAAUUUUUGGCGAUCGGAGUAAAUGUCACGUGGUUAUAAUGCCACGCCCCUUUGAGGUCUGACAUUAUCUUCUAUAAGCCCAAACUUGAGUAAACAUUGAAGAUUUUUAGCGUUUUGGCUGAGUUUGUGCUUUGGGAGUUGUCUAUUGUUUCUAGUCUGUCAUUAUACAGCAUUCUUGUUCAGCACGCGUGCAAUGACCACGCUUGGCUGACUUCCGAAUGCUCACCGAGAUAUUCCCGUCACGAGUUGGUUUAAUUAUUGGCUUGCAUUAAACCUAUGAAAAAAUGAUAUUUUUUUAAUAGUAAGUAGAUUUAGUGUGUAGCACUUCUUGAUUUUUUUGCAAAGGCACAAGAAGCACGAGAAUUGAUUAAAAAUUGUGACUUAAACCUCUAUGUAUCAAGCGAUGGCCUGUCUCACUGUACCAAAAUUAUUAUAUCUCGGUGAGCAUUCGGAAGUCAGCCAAGCGCGGUCAUUGCACGCGUGCUGAACAAGAAUGCUGUAUAAUGACAGACUAGAAACAAUAGACAACUCCCAAAGCACAAACUCAGCCAAAACGCUAAAAAUCUUCAAUGUUUACUCAAGUUUGGGCUUAUAGAAGAUAAUGUCACAGUUUUUCAAUGACCAUGAAAUUCAGAGUCCGGGUAGUUAGUUAAUCAAUUGUGGCCCUGAAAAAAUUUGAAGGAAAAAAAACUACGAAUUUUUAAGAAAAUGCUUUUUUCGUGAGAAGGACUCUUAAACGCUGACAAACGUCAACAAAUAGCGAAAACUAUAAUUUCUAUAUGUUUGCUUUGCUCGAAAUCGCGCGCAUUUACAAGGCCCUAAAGCGUUUUGCUGACUUGCAAGGACCCAUCUGUUAUAACGAUGCCCAAAAUAAAGAGAUGAAUCUCAUAGUUUAUUAGAUAUAAUCCGUGUAAAGUUUGCUUAUCAUUUUCGCAUAAAUUAUGACCUAAAUUUGGAAACCGCUGAAUUUCUCGAAUUGGGUCUUUGCGAUUUUGGUGAAACUCUGUUCAGCGCAAGGCACUAAUGCGCACUAUGUGUAGCUGAGAGAUUUUCACGAAAAAAUGCCGGCAACAGCAGAUUUUCGACUCAGACCUCAAAAGGGCGUGGCAUUAUAACCACGUAACAUUUACUCCAAUCGCCAAAAAUUUUAUGUUAUAUUGUACAUUGAUCUAUAUGUUAUCCAUUCUAUGUGUUAGACUUACGAUAAAAGUAAAGGUGGGGAUACCAGCGAGCUUCAAAGUAGGAUGGUACCCCUCCAAAAAAACUGGGUCGAGUCACCUUAAUACUCGUUUGCUGCGUGAGUUAACAUAGAAAUAUAGUCCCUGUUGGUAAUUUUCUCACAAACAGAAAACGGUUACCACGAUCUCCUUGGGUAAUAGUUAAAGUGCUUCCUAGACCCGGGUUAAAAUAUUUUGAAGUAUUGUCUCUUGUUCCAUGUUCAUUACCGCUGUAGGUAACAUUCGAUUAAAAAGUUUAAAAUAAUAUCCUGGCAAGAAGUGUAAUUGGGGUGGGGGCUAAAAAUUUUUAAAGCUCGCCUCUGUUACUUCUUUUCCAAAUUUACCCGUAUGAAAAAAGUCAACAAAAUUCAACAAACACGAACGGAAUGAGAUAAGUAGAAAAUAUAUAUAAAUAAAUAUAAAAAACUUAAAUAAAUAAAUAUAUAUAAACUUAACUCUAGUUAAUACAUUUCAAACUAACCAAAAUAAAAUCAUUGGUGUUCACCUGACGCACAGACUGAGAGUAAGAUUGAUGUCUCUUGGUCUCUCGUUUAGCGGGCGAAAACAAAUCGAGGACGGGAGUAAAAACAACACAAAAUAAAAAGUGCACAUUUGUCUUAUAAACAUAAACUCUCCUAAGCUUCUGCAUAUUUGCAUACAGGUUUCCUAAUUACUGCUUUUCGCUUCAAAUCAGCAAAGCCAAACGAAGAAUGAAAUAAUACUGAACGCUUGUGCUGUGAUCAGUAAUAGACAAAAUAAUUUGCCUUCUUAAUUUAAACUUGAAUUUUGUAUUAGAAAUAGCAUGAGCGAAGAAAAAUUCCGUACGAAAAAUGGUAAACAAAUUUAAAGAUAAAAGUGAAAGGUCGACUUACAGUCGAACCGGUAUACAACGGUCACGCGCGCUCGGUAAUUGAUAGCCUCCCACGCAGGCGUUUUUAGGGGAGCUCGUUUUUCAUCCCUCCCUUCAAACGCCUGCUCAACCGAAAACAACAUUCCUUUCCCAUGCUUAGCCAAUCACAUUGUACUUUCCAAAUCCUGGAAAGUUAACCUUGACCGCAAGGUAAUCUGAUAAUUACUCGAUUUGUAUAAACACUGGAAAAACUUUCUAACCUCCAAUAAAUGUUAGAUUCAGAGCGGCAAAAAUAAAAUUUAAUCAAAUUUUAGAAUACUCCAUGCACUUCAUAAACUUAAGGAAGGAAAGAAAAGAAGGAAAACGGUAACUGUAGGGUCACGUUUUAGUCGCGUUUAACCUGUCAACACCUUAUUGCACAACUGUUUAUUGGUCACUUACCACGCAAAUAAAACAAUGGGAAAGGAAUGUUGUUUCCGGCUGAGCAGGCGUUUGUGUGGAGGGAUGAAAAACGAGCUCCCCUAAAAACGCCUGCGUGGAAGGCUAGGUAAUUGAGGAACUGGCCGCUUAAUACAGAAUGACUAAAAAUACUCGCUGGGCAUGGUCUAAAGACAAUUAAUGGUGUCUCAUACAAAAACACUUCAUGCAAGGAAACAAUGGCACAAUCAAAACUCUUCCAAGCGAUCAAAACUUUAAACAAAGUUCAGUGCCAACUUGCAACUUAACGGUAUAAAGUACGUAAGGGACGGACCAUUAGAAAACUUAUGGGGGCGGAGGGGGGGAAGGGGGCGGGCGAAGUACAAAAAAAUAUUCGCGUAAGGGAAAAUUAAAUGAAAAAAAUUCAUGCACGCCAAUUAAUCCUAAAAAAUAUUCAUGCUAUGGCCUAAAAAAAAUGCAUACAAGGAAUUUGAUAGCGAAAAACUUCCUGCGGCUCUGAAAUUCUUCCCCCCCCCCCCCCCCAAAAGUGUUUAUGAGGGAAAAAAACGGGACUUUGAAAACUGGCCGCUUAAAACAGGGCCGUUUUAUAAAGGUUUGUCAGUGUUUGUGUCUUUUGGUUUUUUUUUUUUCAUUUUUUUCUAUAGGUUCUACCCCAUUUUUUCCCCGCUGGGGCGUGCCCGCCCAUUGAAAACUGGCCGCUUAACACAGGACCGUUAUAUACAGGUUUGACUGUAUUUGGUUCAUUUGGUUUAUUUGUUAUAACUUUUCCAAGAGGUUUCAACUACUUUUUCCCGGCUGGAGCGAUUCCGCGCCUUUAAACAUAGGACACUCACACAUCGUCUUCGUAAAAGGUAUUUUCUGAUAGUCAAACUUGGGAAAAGGUAAAAAGUCCAUUUAAUUGCAAAGCACUAGCGCACAGUCAACUUAAGUAUGAUGGGAAACUUAAGCGGUUUCUCUUCCGAAAAACAAAACGAAUUUUAAUAGGGCUGGAACAACAUCAGGAACGUUUUCGUAGUAAAUAAAUCAGCUGUCGAAUUAAAUCGGAGGUAAAACCUUGUUCCUCUUAAAUGAGAUAUUAUCAAACCAUCCAAGAUAGACCGGUCACUUGUUUUUCUUAACUGCUUCGGACGUUACAACCAAUCUAAGCUGCCUCAUAUAUUCUUUUAAUACAAGAAAAAUAAAUAAAGUUAUACGCUAGUCACCGACUGGUAUCAGAUUCAAAGUUGCAUUUUUGCAUGUGUAAUGCGGAGUGAAUUAUAUUUUAAAAGAACCUUUCAGAGGUUCUUCAUGCAGAUAGAAAAAUCUGUUAGACUUUUAUGGAUAAAAUUUCUAUUAUGAGCCACCAGAAUUUUCCUAACUACGUGGCGUGUAAAUUCACUGCCAUUAAUGCACCUGCGGGAAUACAAAAAUAGAUCUGAUAUCGAAAACGAUUCAUUUUCGAAGCAAUUAAUUCAUUAAUAGAGUGGGCGUCAGCGCCUGACUUUUCUAACUGAUACGAAAAACAGGCGAAAUUGACAUUUCACUCUAAUUGCGUUUUCUGUCCCCGUUUAUUAAAUUAAAAACACAAGCAGAUGUCCAAAUCAAUUUUAAAAACUGUUGCAUUAUUGUUGUAGUUGGUUUUAUCCAUUGCCCUUCUUUUUUUAUUAUCGUCUUUGGAAACUCUCUAUUCUUAUAUUUUUUGAAAAUGUACCAUUUAAUUUCUAUAAAAAGUUAAGCCUGCGAAUAGAGCCGUGUCUCCUCGCUCCUCGCCAGAGAUGGCAGUAUUCGUAGGAUAAUUGUAAAUAAAAAGUUGCCCUUAAACGAUCCAGCAGUAUUUGCAGUAAAGGCGAAUACUGCUAAAUUAAACUAUAAGUGAAUUUUAAAACAUCUCUGUUUCUCGGCCUUGCGCUAAUUGCUGCCACAUUUCUCCAUCAGUUUCCGCAUAAGACUGCCAGUUCAAUUGUUUAAUACAUGAGUUAUGUUCAGGUGGCGCUAAUGCUAAUUAAUGUUGAGGACUAAUUUUUGAACCCCAUUUACGGAAUUUAAUUUAUUAGCAGUCAUUCAGAGUGUUAUCUGUAGAGAACUGUAGAGUAAAUAAGGGCUGAAUAUUAAAAUUAAUUUUUUAUAGUAGCACCAGUUUCUCUUCGCUAUGCUACAUUAGUAAAGUCCAACUAGCGGUCUGUUAUCAAUGUUGCGUUCUGUUUGGUUGAGCUACUACUAGGCUCUAUGUUAUAGCCCACUAGCAGCGAAAAGCGCCGGCUUUGAAAACAAAAACAAUGGCGGCUGAAUCGCGUUUUUCUAGCCCAAGUUGUUUUGUCUCGAUGCUUUUGACCAAACAACUUGUUGGAUUUUAUUGAAACAAUUUUUCCUCCCGCCCUCAUGAGUCAAUAGCCCGCGCGAACGCCGAAUGGGCUAUUGACUCAGAACUCAUUCGGGCUCGAGGAAUAAUUGUUAAAUAUACUCUGGCUGGUAACUUUAUAAUGCGUGUUUGUAAUAAUCGUUGUGUUAUUAACAUUUCACAAUUUUUAGUAAUUAACUUUUUGCCAAACUAUAUGCUUUUUUAAGAUUUGCGAAAAUUAAAUAAAAGCCUUUAAUUAGAUUGCCAUGUUAAACUAAAAGGUCGCAGUGCUGUGGUUGAGUAAUUAAGCUGUACUUCCUUUCGACAGCAAAGUAUUUAUAUUCACCAUUCAACAAGAGACAAAUUUUGUGAAUUCCGAUGUCCUCAAUCCUAAGCUUUUUCAUCAUGGUUAGCCAAAACAGCAACGAGCUUUUUAUUUUUUCCCUAUCCUCUACUUUGACAGGACAAGUCAAUCACUGAAGGGACACGCGUCAAUCGAGCUCAAAGUAUUUCAAAUUAACUUGCUAUCUACAAAAUAAUAUAUAUUUAUGAACCCUACAAAUUUUACCCGAGAACUUCCUUUUCACAGACACACCCUGUUGAGCGCUGUAAUAUUGCAGAGAUCAUAACAUGAUCUCCUCACUCAUUUUCUGCUUCAUGGUUAGCGCAGUUUUAGCAGCCGAAGGAGACUCUAGAUCUUCCUACAUCAAAACGCGAGAGAACAAGCGUUUACAUGGCCUUGUUGUCAAGAAAAUCGAUUCUACGGAUGAAAGGUCGUGCAGUCGAGCAUGUUUAAGGCAUUCUUGGUGUGCCUCUUCUAACUUCAAAGAGUCCUCGGGCAAUUGUGAGCUGAACAAGCACGAGUUCUCUCCAACUGAUGAUGACACCAAGCUCACUGAUAACCCAGGCACUCUGUUUUCAAUGUUUCUUAAGGUAAGAAAAGUUCUGAAUUUUCAUUACUUUAAGACAACAAAAGCCUGCGUGUGCAGACGUCCCUCGCUAAUUUCGGCAUGCAACAAGAAAUAGACUCCUACAAUUGCAUCUAGAUCAAUUUCAGUACAUAACUGUUCAAGCGAAGUUUCGUAAAAAAAGAAAUGGAAAGUUGGUUAAACAGUUAGGUUGAGCUGUUAUAAAAAAGCACUCGCAUUUCAGUCUAUAGGGAGUUUUAGCAACGACGACGGCGACGUUAGCGAGACCGUCAAAACAGCAAUAGCUGUAUAAGCAAAACAACAGGUUUGCACGUGCAUCACGCUUUUCUGUACAUUUCUUAGCCGUUAAUGCACGACUUAACGACGUGACAAUGCCUAAUUUCACGUUUUAUGGAGGACGUUAACAAGCGACGACGAAAUUUAUUUCUCUUUCUUAACUUGAAUGGGGUCCCCAAGAAAUCAACUCUAGAGAAAUUUGCCUACUUUAGACAUUUUCAGCGAAUUGGAAUAAACGUGAAAAAGUUUGAAAAAACGCCAAUUCAUUUUAAAUGUGACGUUUUCGUUGCUGUCGCCGUCGUCGAUGCUAAAACUCCCUUAUGUCUCGAACGGGAGCGAGCCAAUUGUUUUCCCUUUUCCUAAAUUUUUCAGUUCCGCCACAACACUGAUCAUUAUCAAAGGCAACGUUUUCUUCCCUCAGUAACAAAAGGCUUACUUGUCAUGAAAAUAAAGUUAAGAGAAAUAUAGAGUGCAAACAACUAUUAAUAUAAGAAAAGAGGAAAGCAAACCUGGCAAUUUAUCAGUGGAAUUGUUAUGUUUAACGUUAGAUUUGCCUUGUGGAGUUAAAAAUGUUAAGGGAUCAGCCUCGCUACCUGCAAAUUAUCUGGACGUAGUUAGUACGUCGCCGCCCCCUGCCCGAGAAAGAGUGGCUAAAACAUAUAAAAAGCUGUGGGAAGUCGACGAAAAACGAUGUAUAUCAUUUUAGCUUAGCGAAGUAACAUUAUGAACAUCGUGUUUCAUCAGGGCUGCCUAAUGACUGGAUGCCAUAACGGAGGUUCUUGCUUGUUCGACGAAGGGAAACAUACGUUUGCUUGUUCAUGCAGUUGGCAAUGGAGUGGAGAAAAAUGCGAAAUUAGGGCGCGUAAGUCCAAACUGUUUUUGUUCCUUUAGUCAGAGUACGACACGACGCGUAUUUUAUGAUAAUGUAAAGUUCAAUCUGCAGGUCUGGAGAGGUAUUGACAAGAUAACCGUCUCGUUUCCUAGCUUUAAAAUUUGCAAAAUGGAUUGCUGUUUUCAUAGAAUUAAUCUUAGGUUCACAAUGAAAGUCUAUUCUGUUUCAAGAGUCANAGUCAGAGUACGACACGACGCGUAUUUUAUGAUAAUGUAAAGUUCAAUCUGCAGGUCUGGAGAGGUAUUGACAAGAUAACCGUCUCGUUUCCUAGCUUUAAAAUUUGCAAAAUGGAUUGCUGUUUUCAUAGAAUUAAUCUUAGGUUCACAAUGAAAGUCUAUUCUGUUUCAAGAGUCAUAGAAUCACGUUAAUUACUGAAAAUUUAUUUGGUCGGUCAAUUUGAGGAUAAUUCUGUUAGUCAACAAUGUUGACUAUGGCCAGGUUCAGACGCCGCUCAGUCCACUCGUUAAUUAGCUAGUUCCGAUCGGACAACGGCGACGUCCAUGAAAAGGUCGCUGUGAUAGACUUCGCAUCAUUAUAAACUUUUACGAGAUAUCCCAAUUAGCCCUGUUACUUAAAAAAAGGGAAUUUUUUGCUGGAGCUGAAGCGAGGGGACCGCGCCCGAGUUCAAACAGAGAUUAUCGCCUUGCCGUUCUCGUUCUCAAUUAAACUUAAAAAUUGGUCAUUUCACACGUAUUUCACGUCGUCGUUGUGCAGGGACAGCAAAGAAAUGUACAAAAAAGCGUGGUGCACGUGCAGAGUUGUUGUUUUGCUCUUUAAACCUAUUGCUUUUUUGACUUUCUCCUGCCGUCGCCGUUAUAGGUUCGUAAGGUCCCCUGUGUGUCAUGUGCCGAACCUCACUGAUGAAUUAAGCUACGGCAAAAGAGCGGCGUCUGAAUCAAUUUGGUACGGCAGUUUUAGUUUGGCGCGGCAAAGGUGUUAAGUUCGACAGUGUCUGUCGAAUUUUUGUCUAACGUAACUUAGGCUCGACUAGCCUGCGAACAGCAGACGCAUUUCCGGUCGUCGCUUCUCUCCCUCCGAAAAAUAGCUAUUUUUCGGAGGGAGAGAAGCGACGACCGGAAAUGCGUCUGCUGUUCGCAGGCUAAGGCUCGACACACGGUGAGCCGUCUGAAUCAGAUGUCGCGCAAGUGUCUCUCCAAAGUCCAACUUAUUCAAUUAGGUUCGGCACAUGAAACGAACGGCGUCUGAACCAGGCCUAUGGUUGACGAGUUGGUGGGCACAGAAGGUACACCAAUAAUUUGCACACCUUGUUAGGGUGUCUCGCACUUUGUGCUCUACAUUUUGCGCCUGCUAAAAAUACCUGUUGUUAAGGCUAGGUAUUUUUUUGUAUAUAUUUUUUUUAUAAUAUAAAUAUGCGAUUUUAUGAUAUAGCUUUUGUGUUUGUUUUUGGUCGUUCCACGUCCAGUGGCAUGCUUUAGAGGUGCUUCAAAUCUCCAGGAGGUACUCGAUGACUUUAGAAGUGAAAUCAAGUUAGGAACGGCUGACAUUUAUGAUGUAGUGGAAAAGUGCGCUGAGUUGGCUCGCGCCAAACAUUACAAGAUAUUCGCUUUGGGCAAGGAUGGUCUGUGCUUAUCUGGAGCUGAUACUCCAAACAGAUACCAUAUCAGUGGUACAACGGGGGCGGACUGUAAAGACGGUAUCGGCAAGGGAGAUAAUAUAUUCGUUUAUUCCUUAGUUUAGUGUUGGGUAUUGUCUAUCCUCGUUCAAAAACUAGAAAAUUCAGACGUGGACUGUGCCGCUGGAACAAGAGAAGCGCAUGUCUUUAAAACAAUUAUAUAGAAAAGUGUUUGUUAACAAUAUGUCUUGUAAGGUAUCUGAUCAGUGUAAUCUAUAUUCAUCUUACCCUAAGAGAAAUGACUUGUUAACAUGCUAUGCCUUUUCUGGAGGCCAAUAUGCGAAGCUAUCGAUGUCAAAGUUACAGGGACACGUUGAUGCUUAAUGAGAGCUUACAACUUGAGUAAUAUUAAAUGUUGUAUAGAUGGAGAAUAAUGCAAAACAAGGCAAAGGGGUACAAUGCUGAAUCUCUGACAAAGCUACUUGAAACUUGUUUCUCUUCUCCUCACAAUUAAUUUUCCUUCUUUAUUUCUUGCCAGACUCCUCAGCUGAUCUUCAGCCACUUGGAUGUUAUAAGGAAAAAUGCGGAGAUCUCGCCUUUCCAAAUAACUACGCCAACUUCAGAAAGCAGAUAAACUGGAAGGAGUGGCCACAAUUGAAGACAGUGCAACAGUGCGCACAAGUAGCCGUCAACAAAGGUUACGAAUACUUUGCUGUUCAGUAUUACGGAGAGUGUUAUACUGGAAAAAACGCUUCGCAAACUUAUAACAAACAUGGCAAGAGUGACAGAUGUGUGGAAAUUGACAAAACCUCUGGAUUUCGAGUGGGAGAGAGGGACACUAAUUUUGUUUAUCGGAUAAACUAA